AUGUCGACAUUUGGACUUUUUCGACAGUUUUCGCAGUCGAGUAAGGUCGCAACUCUGCUUGCAAUUACACUUCUCUUUGCGCCACACGUCGCCCAUGCCGCCCUUGCACUUACGUUCUUCGAACACUCUUCUUGCAACGCCGGCACGUCCUUCCAGUCGUACAAUGACCCGAAUGCUCUGCAGGCAGAUACGUCAUGUCACCAGCUCCCGAAUGGCACGGUGGCGCUUUACGUGAAUCAGAUCGACCAAGGGUGUACAUUGCGCAUCUACCUCUCAUCAGACUGCUCUCCGCUCGCUCCGUCCCCGGCCGGCCUCCUGGUACCGGCAGGCAACUGCUUCUUCGUCGAGGAAGGCGUCGACCUGGGUUCGUGGCGCCCGGACUGCGCUGGCGUCGACUACUCUUCCAGCAACGGCCUCGACAAGGGCAACUCGUACAACAACAACACCAACGACGGCAGCGCCGACAUCUACUCCGCCCUCGUCACCGCGACUGGCGUCGUGACCGUAACUGCCGCCUCGUCUUCUUCGACGACAGCAUCCUCGUCCUCCGCAACCGCUGCAUCCAUCCCUGGGAACAACACCACUUCCGGCGACGGCAACAGUGGUGGCAAUGCUACGACGACGAUGACGACGACGACGACGAACACCACCACCACAGGUGGUAGUUCUGGAGCGAGUCAAACUUCGCACAGCGGCUCCGAUAGCGUGAGGGCGAGAGCGGGAGACUCUGUCUCAACGGUGAUGACGAUGGUGGUGGGGAUGGGUAUGGGUGUGCUUGCGUUGACUGCCCUCUGCUGA